CACCAGCAAGAACGCGUUUCGCGGAGGAGUGCAAAUUUUUCGAGAUUUUUACCCAUUUUAUACCAACUUUAAUCGCGAACGAGUGAGUGAAAAAUGAAGCACAAGGACCGUUCUCACGGUAGUGACCGCAAUCGUGACCGGGAAAGUGAAGGAAACAAGGGCCGUGACAGGGACCGUGACCGGGACCGCGAGCGACGGAGCGAUCGGCAUCGAAGCCGUGACCGGAGCGCCGAACGCGGUAGCAGAGACGGCCGACGGAGCAGCAAGGAACGCCACAAGCGUCACAGCCGGACGCGGGAAGAUGAGGGACGGGAACAUCGUCGGCGGGAGCACGCGGAGCGGAAGAGCAGGAGCCGCAGCCGGGACCGGCAUCACCGUAAGGAGCGCGACCACAGGACCUCUUCCCGGGACCAUAACAAUGGUGACAGUUACUCGGCCCGCUCGGUGCCGGAACCGAGACUCGAGCCGGACCUUCGAGAGUACGGUUUCGGUGGCAUGGAGUUUACGCAGAGUGUGCUCGGUUCCAUCUACUCGACGGCGGCCACCUCGGAAACGUACGCCCGGCUGCUCAACAGCUACAGCCAACAGCAGCAACUGCAGCAGCAGCAGGAGCAGAUUCAACAACAGCAGGCCCUGAUCGAACAGCACCACCAGCAGCAACAACAACAGCAGCAGCUGCAACAACAACAGCAACAGCAGCACCACCUGCUAGGGUCAAGCGGGGGUGGCAGUUCCUUGCUCGACAGAGGUGACAACGGUUCGUGCAGUGGUAAUGCCAGCGGUGGUGAAAGUGAUGCCGCGCGUCGGCGCCGCAAAAAGUCACGCUGGGCCGGCGGUGAUCAGGAAAAAACCUUCAUUCCUGGCAUGCCCACCGUCAUACCGUCGACACUGACGCCGGAUCAGCAGGAAGCGUAUCUGGUACAGCUACAGAUUGAGGAGAUUAGCCGCAAGCUGCGAACGGGCGAUCUCAUGAUACCGCAGAACCCGGAAGAACGGUCACCGUCGCCGGAACCCAUCUACAGCAGCGACGGUAAGCGGUUGAACACGCGCGAGUUCCGGACACGGAAGAAACUGGAGGAACAGCGGCACCAGCUGAUACAACGCAUGCAAGCGAUUAAUCCGGACUUUAAGCCUCCGUCCGACUAUAAACCUCCCGUCAUUCGCGUCAGUGAUAAAGUGCUGAUACCACAGGAGGAACAUCCGGACAUAAACUUCGUGGGACUGCUAAUUGGUCCCCGUGGUAACACACUCAAGGCGAUGGAGAAGGACACGGGCGCGAAAAUCAUAAUCCGUGGCAAAGGUUCGGUGAAGGAGGGAAAGGUGGGACGCAAGGAUGGUCAGCCGUUGCCCGGUGAAGACGAACCACUGCACGCUUUCAUCACGGCCAGCAAUCCGGAGUCGGUGAAGAAGGCGGUCGAUCGCAUCAAGGAAGUGAUCCGGCAGGGCAUCGAGGUACCGGAGGGGCAUAAUGAUCUGCGGCGUAUGCAGUUGCGCGAACUGGCCCAACUGAACGGUACACUGCGUGAGACGGAUGGUCCACGGUGCAAUAACUGUGGCUCGAAUGAUCACAAGAGUUGGCUCUGUCCGGAUAAGCCGAACGUGACGAACAACAUCAUAUGCUCGGCCUGCGGUGGUACCGGACAUAUAGCCCGCGAUUGUCGUAUGAAGCGCCCGGGCCAUGGUGGAUCGCAAGCAGCGGCCGAUCCACAGGCCACCAAGAUCGACGAAGAGUACAUGAGUCUGAUGGCGGAACUGGGUGAGGCACCACCGCAGGACACAGCAGGAGGUCAUGGUGGUGGGGGAGGAGGUGGUGGUAAUCGAGGUUCGUAUCGAAUGUUUGAACCACGUUCGGCUCCGCGUCCUCUGAUGGCAACAGCACACCAUGCACCAUCAUCGUUGCUAGGUAGCAACCCGAGCACGGGAAGCAAGUCAUCCGGCGGUGGUGGUGGUGGUGGUGGCAGUGGUGGUAACCAUCACAGUGGGCUAUGGUCACACAAUGCCAGCAUGCUGACAGCCCCGAUGCCGCCAUCUGCGCCGGCGGUUCUACCAACACCACCACCCCCUCCUCCUCCCCCUUCGACACACGUACCAUCGCUGUUGCAGUGGCCGAUGGUGGCGCCCCCGGGAGCGAUCGGUGACGAUACGACCGGUGUUGGUGGUACUGCCGGUCAAAGUUCCCUACUGGGAUGUGUUUGGCCUCCGGCACCCACCAGUUUCGUACCUCCGCCGCCACCAAUGAUGCACGGCACUUCCCACAUGGCCAUCCCUCCUUCUCCGCCACCUCACGCUCCCUAAGGUGACGGUGCUGGUUAGAGCGAUUCAAUUGUUUUAAAGUUUAUCUCGACCUCCCCGUUGCUAAUGGUCUUCAUCGGUGAGGAUUCUUUUCCCCCUGAUUUGCGUUCCACAUCUUUAACGUCUAUGUCCUAUAAUGCAUGUUCUUAUGGAACCUACCAACCGAUCCCCUUCAAAAUGCUUGUAGAACCUUCUUUUUCGUUAGAAUAAGAGAUAGACAAUAAAGCACAAGAA